AUGUCUUUGGUACAACAGCCACAGCCAGUAGAGGCCACACAAUCCAGGCCUGUGCCUCAAAACCUGGCUUCUCCCAAGUCGCCGAGUUUGCUGAAACGAAUGAUGUCAGCACGAAGCUCCCGAAUGUCUGCCUUGGACUCGUCUUCUUUUUCUCUGGACGACUCAGAGCGCUUCAUGUUGCCGCCUUCUACAUCAACAGCUCUGACUUCGCCUCUCCCAGCCCGUUUCUUUCGUCCAAAGAAACUGCCCUGCUGUGAUCCAUCAUCCUCUGACCUAAUGGAAUGGUUGCAGGGCGAUUGUCCACAAGAUUUGCUGCCCAAGAUUUUGGCCUUUGCCGGUCCACAGAUGGUUUCGAAACUGUCACAAACCAACCGGUUCUGGAAUGCGCUUGUCUCUCAAGAACAAACUUGGAGGACGCUGUCUGAAGAAUUGUACAAGUGGACAGAAGAAGACGAGACACCAUCCUGCUGGAGAGAUUACUACCGAUACAACCCCUGUGUCCCUGUCGAUUUUCCAUCCAUCACUAGAGCCUUGGCUAGUGCGACCACUCACAAGCACUUGCAAAACCGAUCCGUUCGGGUGCUGAUGCGUCCUGGAAGAUAUAUUCUCAAAGAACCCAUUACCGUCGAAGCCAACCAUGGAGUCAGUGUCACCGUUGAGACGAUGGAUCUCCCAGACUCCUUCAAUCACGUGAUUGAAUAUCCCAAUGAUGAGAAACCAAAGAAGCGCAAAACAAGUCUUCGAAAAUUGCUUUCUUGUCGGACCGUAGACGCCGAUGACGAAGAUGAACCUCCUCUUGAAUUCCCAGAACGAUCGUCAGAGUUUGGAAUGGUUCUGGGGAAAAACCGCGCCGUCUUGACUCUACGUUGCAAGAAACACAACCAACCCCUAGUCAAGGUUCGUCGAGGGUCGUGUGUAUUGCGAAACUUGGAACUCCGUCAUAUUACCUAUGGGCUGGACAUUUGGAAUGGUAAUGCCGCUGUUCAGAUUCAACCACCACUGAGUCCAGACGAGCAGCCAAUUCCAGUGGCUCCCAUGCCAACCGCGGUGUUGGACCACGUCGACGUUACAUCCGAAUCAGGGAGAGGUGUUGUCAACAUUGACGGCGGAGAUCUCAGCAUUCGGAACUGCUACAUUCAUGACUGCGCUGCUACAGGAGUCUACGUGGGUGCUGCAGCAAGUAAGCUAACCAUUCAGAAUACGGAUGUUGUUCGGAAUGGUAAUGGGAACCGUCAACACCGACGUGGUAUUGCCAGAGGUCACUCUGGUAUCUACCUGGAGCAAGGCUUGGCAGAGAUUAAUAAUUCGAGCAUUUCGCAGAAUUGCUUGACUGGUAUCUCUGCAGUCAGCCCAUCCAACGCAAUUUUGCACUUGUCCGAGUCGGAACUGGUAUCCAAUGGCUCGACACAACUUGAAAUGCCAGACAUUGGAACCUUGGCACAGAGAAACAGCAGCACACGCGACGUACACUUGUCGAACGUGGACAGUCCUCGACUUCGAUCGGCAUUGGUGGAGGAGGUUGACAGCAUGAUGUCGUCCUCUAUCAUGUCAUCGGAGCUUUCUUCUGAAUUUUCAAUCUAG